AUGGCGGCCGCCUGGUGCCUUCGCUGGGGCAUGAGCCGAGCCGGAGCCUGGCUGCUCCCGCCACCCGCGCGCUAUCCUAGCCGGACUCUGCACAAGCAGGUAGACGGCGCCGAGUUCCAGAGCAUCUACAGCCUGGACAAGCUCUACCCUGAAUCCAAGGGGCUGGACACCGCCUGGAGGGUCCCGGAUGAUGCCAAGAAAGCCAACAAUGACAUUCCUAUAGAUCGCUUGACAAUAUCUUAUUGUCGGAGUAGUGGUCCUGGAGGGCAGAAUGUUAAUAAAGUGAAUUCCAAGGCUGAAGUCAGGUUCCACUUGGCAACUGCCGACUGGAUCGCGGAACCCGUGCGGCAGAAGAUAGCCAUCACGCAUAAGAACAAGAUCAACAGAGAAGGAGAGUUGAUACUCACCUCUGAGUGUAGCCGCUAUCAGUUCCGGAAUCUGGCCAAUUGCCUGCAGAAAAUUCGAGACAUGAUCACUGAAGCCAGCCAGGUCCCCAAAGAGCCAGCUAAAGAAGAUGCUGUACUUUGGAGGAGGAGGAUAGAAAACAUGAAUCGGGAAAGGCUGAGACAAAAGAGAAUAAAUUCUGCCAUCAAGACAAGCCGAAGGGUGGAUAUGGACUGA